UCAAUAUAUUUACCGGACAGCAGCAGGAAAGUGUGACUUUCACAAUUAUUUAUGUGAUUUUUGCCAUUCCCAUCAACCUUCCAAUUUAUAGCACAUUACCAAUUUUUUAACCCCUUCUCCUUCCUUCUUUUCUCAAUUUCCUUUUCUUUUUUUUAAUAAAAAAUUGUUUAUUUUCUCAAUUUUCUCGCCGGUGCUGGUUUUUCAGUUGCUAGCCGAGACCUGCAAGCGUAAGUUCACAACCGUCUCAUGAUUUGACCGAGAAGGAUCGGCCAGCCAACUCCCGCAUUCAGAGUGAUGGGCCAUUGCUGCAGCAAAAACGUUUCCGUAGUCAACAAUGACGCAACCUCCACCAUCAACCGCUCCCAGCCGCAAUCGAUUCCGGCGCCGGCGACUCCAUCCGUUGAGACCAACUCGUACUCCGUCAGUCCGUUCGCGAGUCCACUGCCCGCUGGAGUUCCACCGUCUCCAUCACCUGCUAGGACCCCGGUGGGGAAGUUCAGGUGGCCUUUGCCGCCUCCGUCUCCUGCGAAACCGAUCAUGGCAGCAAUCAUGAGACGUAGAGGGUCGAACAAGGCCGCGCCGGUGGAAGGAACGAUCCCCGAGGACGGUGAAGGAGCGGUUCUUGAUAAGAAUUUUGGGUACGGAAAGAACAUAGGGGCUAAAUUUGAGCUAGGAAAGGAGGUUGGGCGAGGGCAUUUUGGUCAUACUUGCUGGGCCAAGGGAAAGAAAGGAGAGCUCAAGGGACAGUCGGUGGCCGUUAAGAUCAUUUCUAAAGCUAAGAUGACUACAGCAAUAUCAGUUGAUGAUGUUCGGCGUGAGGUCAAAAUACUGAAAGCUUUAUCUGGCCAUGCGCACAUGAUCAAAUUUCAUGAUGCUUUUGAGGAUGCCAAUAAUGUGUAUAUUGUCAUGGAAUUAUGUGAAGGUGGAGAACUACUUGACAGAAUUUUAUCUAGAGGUGGUAGAUACACUGAAGGGGAUGCUAAAAAGAUAGUUGUGCAAAUUUUAAGUGUAGUUGCUUUUUGUCAUCUUCAAGGGGUUGUGCACCGUGAUCUAAAGCCAGAGAAUUUUCUUUUUACCACAAGAGAUGAGGAUGCUCCAAUGAAAAUUAUUGAUUUUGGUUUAUCUGAUUUUAUUAGGCCAGAUCGACGUCUCAAUGAUAUUGUUGGCAGUGCAUAUUAUGUUGCACCGGAAGUACUGCAUAGAUCUUACAGUGUUGAAGCUGAUAUGUGGAGUAUUGGUGUCAUAACUUAUAUAUUGUUGUGUGGAAGCAGACCUUUCUGGGCUAGAACCGAAUCAGGAAUUUUUCGUUCUGUUCUCAGAGCUGAUCCUAACUUUGAUGAUUCACCUUGGCCUUCUGUAUCACCAGAAGCCAAAGAUUUUGUGAAAAGGCUUCUGAACAAGGAUCACAGGAAAAGAAUGACAGCUGCCCAAGCUUUAACUCACCCAUGGUUACGAGAUGAAAACUGUGCUGUGCCUUUGGAUAUUUUGAUCUACAAGUUAGUCAAGUCAUAUAAUCGUGCCACACCUUUCAAACAAGCAGCACAAAAGGCACUUUCGAAAGCUUUACCAGAUGAUGCACUUGUAUAUCUUACGGCACAGUUUAGGCUUUUGGAACCAAAAGAUGAAUGUGUGUCCCUCAGUAAUUUUAAAGCGGCUCUAAUGAGGAAUGUAACUGAUGCCAUGCACGAGUCAAGAGUUCUUGACAUUAUAAAUGUGAUGGAACCACUGUAUUAUAAAAAGAUGGACUUUGAAGAGUUCUGCGCUGCUGCAAUCAGUACAUAUCAGCUUGAGGCAUUUGAAGAUUGGGAGAGUAUUGCAAGCGCAGCCUUUGAGUAUUUUGAAGAAGAAGGAAACAAGGUCAUUUCAGUGGAGGAAUUGGCACUGGAAUUAAAUCUAGGCCCUUCAUCUCAUUCUUUGCUUAAUGAUUGGAUAAGAACUUCAGAUGGAAAACUGAACCUCCUAGGGUAUAUGAAAUUUUUACAUGGUGUAACAAUUCGUGCUUCUAAUGCAAGACGGCGGUAGCGCAUAAAACCAGGGACAUUGGAUUUUUUUUCGUAGAUUUAACCUAAAAAAUGUUGAUAUUCUUUUAUCAUGAAUGGAGAAUAAAGGUUUUAUAGGGAUAUAGAUGAAUGUCUAGGCAGAAAAUCAUGUAGACUUGAGUCUAAACAAUUCGGAUCACGUACUGUUUUCAUGAAUUUCAUUUCUAACGUGUGUGCAUGAUCCUUUAGUGGUAAGUCAAUAUCUUUUCUGCAAGCUUUCAUUUGUAGGAAGUAGGAAUCGAUGCUUGAUAUUGGCAAGCUUCAGUCAAAAUAACUUUACGUGUCUCUUUGCAGAGAAAAAGGAGAAAAUUAAAAAGAGAGACAAUACUAUUAAUAUA